UUGGCCAACUAAUGAGGCUUGACGUCCAUACAGCACCAGCUGCCUACAAUCAACUAAUUGCAGACGCUGGAAAAGGCUCAAUGGGAAUUUGGGAAUUUUUUUUUUGCUUGUGUUUGUUUUGAGGGAAGUCAAGGAAGAAGCUCUGCAGGUUUUAAACACUUUGCUGCUGCGGGAGGACUUAUUGUGAUGGAUGUUCUGUUUGGGGUUCUUUGCUUUAUGGUGUCGACCUGCCUUUGUUUUUCUCCUCAAAGCGGUUACAAUGAAGCGCUUGGCCAUUCUUUCAAGGAUGAUGACUCAAAUAAUAGCUAUAGGAGACGACCUGAUCCACAAACCUUCAGCCAGUUUGAUUCUGGAGCAUCUUUGGACGCAAACCAAGACUUUGCUGCUGCAAGACAUGGAGUACAAGAUAAGUGGCACCGGACAGAAGCAGGCAACAAUAAGCAGGAGAACAACCAGCACGGUGAUUCUGGCUUACAGCAUCCAUUAGACCUUCUAAUGAAGGAGAACACCAAGGACACAUCAGUAGAGGGCAUCAGUUUUCCAGAUAUGAGCGAUUUCAAGCGACUUAUAGAAACAAUGAAGAACUCCUUCUUGACUCCUGGACAAAACUUGGAGCAUUUCCAGACAGCAAGGGGCCUUAUUCUAAAUGAACUUGUUUCUGCCUCUACUGAACAUUCUAAAGAAGAGUCUGUCCAUGAUGAUGAUGAUGAUGAUGAUGAUAAGGAGGAGGGUGAGGAGGAGGAGAAUGAUAUCUGGAGUGGACCACAGAAUGGACAAAGCCAAAAGGGUGUCAGCUUUCACGUGCCAAGUCAAGUACCUGAUCCUGCUCUCUCCACAAGCGGAAUCUCUCCCAGGAUGAACAAAAAUAGCGACCAUAGUAGACAUUACCCUGGGCAAAAACCUUACCCGUCUCGGUCGAAAAACCGCCAACUUCCCGCGAAAAACUCAUUAAGCAGCACUGCAACAUACCCUCCAGUCAAGCAAGUCAACCCUGCAUUAAGUGAAUCAGCCAAUGGAAGUUCUAUCAAGUUUCAUAACAAUCAAAAGACUCCAUCUUACAGCAAAAGUCUUAACGUCAAACCCCCAAGAGGUCCUAUAGCAUCAUGGGUCUACAUGCCGGAUGGAGAGUCCAAGCAUAGAAUGACAGCAGCAGCGCCGGUGACUGCCAAAGUGAAAGAAUCUGGGGGCAUAGAAGUCAACCCUGGGGUACGCCAACCUGUUGAUUUCUCAGCAGAAAGACACACAGUGAAGAUCCAUGCAAAGGACAAGGCAGAGGACCUUCAUAAUGGACGGUUUAAAAGUGAGAAGACACAUGGUGUGUUUAAACCUUCCAUUUAUGGUUCAAGCAAUCAUAAAGGUCUUGUCAGAGGUUAUCAACCGCUUCUUGAUGUGGAGAAACCAGAUCCCCACAAGCAUGUUUUGUAUACUCUUAAUCAAGAAACACAAAAACAGCUAAAUAAUAUUCCAAUUCCUAUUUCUCAGGGGUUCUAUUCAGUCCAGCAGGUCAGUAAUGGCUAUGAAACUUCUCCAACUGUUGGAUCCAAAAAAUUGUCCAGGAAUUUUGACAAGCACAACACAACCCCUGGGUGGUAUGCUGCACCGCAAAGACAAGGAUCUACCAGAAAUGGCGCUCAAGCAACCAAACGACAUAAACUGAAACAUCGUAACAGGAUCUACCGACUGCCUAUUCAUCCAAUGCCAACCGCAUGGUUCCAAAAAAGACUUCCUGUUUACAGAGACCCAAAGAAGGCCUUAGCAUUUAGGACGAAAUAUGUCCUCCAGUCCAGAAGCGGCUACAUCAGGAGUAAACUAUCUCAAACCAAAAGCCACUACACACCACACCAAAAGUGAGUUGUUUACAAAAGGUUUAUGUUUUGAUGGCAAGUCCCUGCUCUUCUCCCAUGCUGGACCGGCCAACACAGACUGGUUCUCGUCAUCGCUGAGAAACUUGUCCCUUAAAACACAAGAAUAAAGCUGACUUUAAUGGAGAGAAAAUAUA